UGGAGGGACGUGUGUGUGGAGGUAUUUAAGCGCGAGAGCGUCUUGCUGGAUCAUUCUGGUCGUCACCAUGGAGCUGAAGAGAGUGCUGCUGGGGCUCAGCCUGUGUGCUCUGCUCAUCCCUACACAGGCUGCCAUCCCUAAAUGUUGUGUGACUGUCUCCAAGAACAUUUCUAACAAGAUGCUGAAGAGAGUGAAGCAUACGGCACAACAGGAUGAUGGAAUCUGCCAGAUCAAGGCUCUGAUCUUGUACCUGGACGGUAAGAAGGUCUGCGCUCCGCUGAGUGUGUGGAAGAGGCUGGUGGACGUCAGGAAGAAACGGAAGCCUCGCAAACAAAAAAAGAGGAGGAACUAGAGAGGAGAGCGGUCUCAGAACUUUGUUACUUAAACUUUCUUUAUACUGAACUUAUACUGUCUUUGUGGUGUUGUCAUUUAUACUGUCCUUCACCAUAAUAUGUUGGUAUUCCAAAUGGACGUGUAUGCAAUGUAGUCAACUGUUAUUGUGUUCACUCUGUACUAUGCAAAGAUACUUAUCAAACAAAUUGAAGUUGAUUAAAACAAAUGACAACGAAUGAAGGGGGUCCAGGACCAGAGUUGUGUCCUGCUAAUGUCAUUCUGUAACAGCAGCAAAUCAAAUAGGCUGAAGGAAUUAUUAUAAAAUAACAAGUUCAGGGGCUCACUAGCUUUUGGAGCCGAGGGCCGAGGCCUUACUGCAGGGGCCCUGGUUCGAUUCCAGACAGGGCCAUUUACUGCAUGUCAUUCCUUCUCCCUGCCUUUCUCCCUCUAACUGUCACUAUCCAAAAAAAGUUACAAUAACAAUCUCACUAUUGUC